AUGGAUCAAACGAAAAAGCUCAUCGAUGAUCGUCAUCAUUUUCGAGAUUUUAAAAUUUACUUUUCACGAUGGCGCAACUUAAAAGUUCUUAUUGGCACAUGUUCAACUUGGUUUUUACUCGAUAUUGCAUUCUAUGGCCUUUCACUCAAUCAAUCAAUAGUAAUAUCAGCUAUUAGUUUCGCACCAGAUGCAGCUAAACCAUCACCUUGGGAAACUCUGUUUAAACAGGCACUUGGGAAUUUAAUUAUUUCACUUCUCGGUGCUAUUUCUGGCUAUUAUGUUACUGUAUUCACUGUCGAACGUCUUGGCCGUAAGACUAUUCAAAUAGUUGGUUUUACUAUGGAAACUCUUCUUUUUAUAAUUGUUGUUGCAGCAUUUCAUCCACUAAAAGAUCGAGCUGUAGCAGCAUUUGUUGUCAUGUUUGUUCUCAUUCAAUUUUUCUUUCAAUUCGGUGCUAACACGACGAUAUUUGUUAUUCCGGCUGAAGUGUUUCCGACACGAUUUCACUCCACAGCUCACGGUCUUUCAGCAGCGUGCGGAAAGGCAGUUGCAAUUCUCGUAGCAUUUGCUUUCAAUAUACUAGUUAAUCAUGAAGGUAAAAAUGCGUUUCUACCACAGAAACUCGGCAUUUUUGCUGGUAUUCAAUUUAUUGAUCUUCUUAUCACCAAAUUUCUAUUGCCCGAAUCGAAGGGUCUAGAUUUGGACUAUUUCGAAGAGAGUGAAGCGGAAUGGCGUCCAAAAAAUCAAGAAAACCAUGUUGUUGUCAAUGAAUAUCAAACUUAUCAUUAG